AUGACGUUCCGCAAGGGCGACCUCAACUGUACGCUCGAUGAAAAGGCCGCGCUUCGCCAUGGCGCGGACGAGAGGAACGAGGACCCCGUCGCUGUCGGCGUCGCCGGACGGCAGCCCGAGGAGGUGUACGAGCGCACCCUUAGCUGGUGGCGACAGGGUAUUCGGCGGGCCAUUCUGCGGAACGUCGAGCGGGAGUCGCCAGUGCUGGCGAGGAUGCAGGCGAAGAUUCGGCACCCUUUCCUGGACGCGUACUUCGUGUACACCUCAUCUCUUGGUACACACACGUUCUUCAUGGUCAUGCUUCCUAUCUUCUACUUCUUCGGCGCACCGAAGUUUGGUCGAGGGCUUCUUCUGAUGUUGGCUGUGGGAGUCUACGUCUCGUCAUUCCUCAAGGACUUGUGUUGCGCACCCCGGCCAUUCGCACCCCCGGUUGCACGACUCACGAUUGGGAACCAUCACCUGGAGUACGGCUUCCCUUCGACGCACUCCACAAACAGUGUCUCCCUCGCCCUCUUUUUCUACACCCUCCUCCAGCACGUCUACCAUCCUGAUGGUCCCAUCUCGCAAUUUGGUUACAACUGCAUCAUCGGCAUCCUAUGCUUCUACGUGUUCUCGAUCGUCUUCGGGCGACUCUACACCGGCAUGCAUUCGUUCACGGACUGCGUUGGCGGCGUGGUGCUUGGCGCAAGCAUCUGGGGAUUGCACAUCCUCAUUGGCGAAUCCGUCGACGCGUGGUCGCGUGAGCAGGGCUGGAUCGUCCCCGCCCUCAUCGUCCCCAUGUGUCUGGUCCUCGUCCACCGGCACCCGCAACCCGUGGACGACUGCCCGUGCUUCGAAGACGCCAUCGCGUUCAACUCUGUCAUCAUGGGCGAGUUCGUGAUUCGCUGGUGGAUGGACAACUACGGAUACGACGCGAGCUUCUUUACGCACGCCAUGCCUGGCGCGUCGUGGGCGACAUACCAGGACUUUGCGACCUGGUGGGGCACCGCCGCGCUCAAGAUGGUCUUUGGUGUCCUUGCGAUCUUCGUCUGGCGCAUUGUCGCGAAGUCGUUCUGCCUCUCCGUCCUCCCUCCGAUCUUCCGUUUGUUGUCCCACCUCGUCACGCUGCCCCACCGCCGCUUCUACACACCCGCGACGGACUACACCACCGUCCCGCCAGAGAAAGGACUUCGGCCGAUCCCGUCCGUCAUCGACCUACCGCGGAUGAUGGAGGUCGAGAUGGACGACGUCGCGGCGAGCGGGGCGCGGGCGAACGGCACGUACGGUGCAGUGAAGCAGCGCGCGAUCGCGCGGGGCGGAAAGAGCGAGUCCGAGAAGCAACACCUGGGGCGGGCCCCUGACGCGACGGACAACCGCAAGAGCCGCCGUGAGCUCAAGCACUACGACGCCGAUGUGCUCACCAAGGUGUUCGUGUACUGCGGCAUCGGAAUGGUGGCCACCGGGGUCGUCCCGAUCCUGUUCGAGGUGCUGGGAUGGGGUGUCAGGAUGUCGUAA